AUGACCGACAAAACGGAUUUCAGCGCCGUAACAUACAGAGGGCCUGUUCAAGAUGGCGCUACGAAAAGCUUGCGAUCGGAGGAGAUAAACCGAUCUGAUGAAGAGAUUGCGACAGAUCCCAUGUCUGCACCAUUAAAGCGGCAGCUCAAGUCUAGACAUCUACAAAUGAUCGCUAUUGGAGGCAUUAUCGGUCCUGGUCUGCUGGUGAGCUCGGGCAAUGCGCUGCACGAGGGUGGACCCGCAGGAUCUUUGAUUAGCUUCUCGCUGGUCGGCAUUAUCGUCUUCUUCGUCAUGCAAUCGCUGGGUGAAAUGGCCACGCUCCUCCCUGUGACUGGAUCGUUCACAGAGUAUGCGGAGCGCUUUAUUGACGACUCUCUUGCGUUCGCGCUGGGAUGGGCGUAUUGGUACUUAUGGGUGACUGUUCUUGCAAAUGAAUACAACGCGAUAUCACUCGUCAUUGGGUACUGGACAGAUGCUGUUCCUCAAUGGGGCUGGAUCUUGAUCUUCUGGGUGAUGUUCCUUACCCUGUCAAAUCUCGGGAUUUUGGCCUAUGGCGAGAUGGAAUUUUGGCUAUCUCUUAUCAAGGUAUUGGCAUUGAUUGUCUUUUUCAUUCUCGCAAUUAUCAUUAGCGCAGGUGGCAUUGGACCGCGCGCUAUUGGGUUUGAAUAUUGGCAUGCUCCAGGGGCAUUUGCAGAUUCAAUCAACGGCGUUGCAAAAACCUUUGUUGUUGCAGGAACUUUGUAUGCUGGGACUGAAAUGUAUGUUUCUGUUUCCAAAUAUCGGAGGUGGUGGGAAAUGGGCAAAGUUGACAGUCAAAUUAGGGUCGGCAUCACCGCCGGAGAAUCGGCGAAUCCCCAAAAAGCAGUGCCAAAGGCUAUCAGGCAGGUCUUUUGGCGUAUCCUGAUUUUCUACGUUGGUACCAUCUUCUUCAUUGGAAUGCUCAUCCCAUGGAAUGACGAGAGAUUGUUGGGCAAGACUUCGAAGACAGCCAGCUCUCCAUUGACAAUCUCGUUACAGGACGCUGGGAUCCUCCCAGCUGCCCAUCUCAUCAAUGCUCUCAUCGUAAUUAGUGUCAUUUCCGCAGGAAACAGCUCGCUCUAUGUGGCAUCUAGAACCCUACUUUUCAUGUCCCGCAACGGAAAAGCUCCAAAAUUCAUUGGCCGGACAAAUCGUCUCGGGGUCCCAUGGGUGGGCCUGGUUUUCACCAACAUCUUCGCAUGCAUUGUGUUUCUAGGGCAGUCUGAUAGUGCUGGGAGGGUAUACUCGGCAUUGAUCACCCUUUCAGGGGUUGCUACAUUCAUUGUUUGGUCGGUGAUCGGAGUUGCGCAUAUUCGAUUUCGGAAAGCCCUGGUCGUGCAAGGCCAAGACCCAUCAAAGCUCCCAUACCAAGCUUUCCUCUACCCAUGGGGCACCUACUUCUCACUGGCAGCAAAUGUGUUCCUCAUUUUCUUCCAAGGGUACACUUGCUUCCUCAACCCCUUCAGCUCGACCGACUUUGUGAUCAACUAUAUCCUCCUCCCUGUGUUUGUGUUGUUUGUGAUUGCGUACAAGUUCUGGAAUAAAACCAGUGUCGUCCGACUGGAGGAUAUCGACAUCUGGACCGGGCGAAGAGAGCAAGUCGAUUUGGAAGAGCCGGAGUCACCGAAGAAGGCCGGCAAGUGGUGGUCUCGCAUUUAUUCAGUUGUUAUAGGGUAG